AUGACUUCAUUAUGUACUGUAUUGUAGAUGUGGAAAAGUACAUAACAGAUGGAUUAUUGCUAAUGGAACUGAAGGAAUGCAAAGAAUCCUUGGCAUCCAGUAGAAUUUAUAUGAAAACAGAUUUUAAAAUGCAUUUGAAACAGACUGACCACUGCAGUGAUCAUUGCAUUAACCAUGCUCUAAGUGAUCCGCUUGACAUUCAUUUCCAGCAAGCAUGUACUGACCACCAACAUGAUGUUGGUUGCGACCGCUGCCAAUUACUUCCAAAAGCAGUUUUAAAUUUGAAGGAAAUCCUGAGCAAUCUCUCAGAUCUUUCCCCCAACACCAGAGAAGAAUUGUUUAUGGAUAUUGAUGCAGCGGUAACAAAGAUUCUUCAAUGGAAAAGCCACAUAAUUAGAACUAUCAAUCAGGAUACUGCUAGGACACACACACUGAAAGAUCUCCAGCCUGGUGAUAUUCUUAUUAUUAUGGACUUGGCCAUGAAAUUCUUACCAAUUACAUUUAGAGAAAAACAGAGCGACUGGUAUGGCCAGAAGGGCAUAAAUUGGCACGUGUCUGUGUGCAUUUACAAGGAUGAAAACUCAAAUUUAAAGCAUAGAACAUUCGCUCACAUGUUGGAUGGAGUGCGUCAAGACUGGUUAGCGGUUGCCUGUCUUUUGGAAGACACACUUCAUCAUGUGAAACUGCAACUUCCCAGUACAACAAGGGCAUUUAUUCGGAGUGAUAAUGCCGGGUGCUACCAUUGCGGCAAUCUAUGGCUUGCCAUACCAGGCAUCAGUAGGCGCACUGGAGUGUUCAUAGACCGCUACGAUUACAGUGAGGCCCAAAGUGGGAAGUCCUACUGUGAUGCUAAAAUAGCCCACAUGAGAGGGAAGUUUAGCAAAGUUGUCGCAUCAGGAUAUAACAUCCUUACAGCAGCCAACAUGAAGUCUGCCAUAGACCUGUAUGAAGGAACAACUGGAUGUCAAGCAGCACAUGUUAAGCUCCAGGGAUUUCCUCCUUCUACAGCUAAGUGCCCAAUAAAGGGCAUAACCAAGAUUUCAAAUGUCAAGUUUGAACCAAAGCAUCUAACAACUUGGAGGGCCUUCAAUAUUGGCACAGGCAAGCAGUUGCCUAUUGAACAUGAAAACAAUGACCUGGCAGAAUUAGAAAUUAUAUCUGAUUUUGUUUUGAAAUCUGGAUCAGUUGGGCACAUUCAAAACCCCAAAGAGAGCAAUGAUGUUGUUGAUUCUUCAGAUGAUCAUGCUUUUAAUUGUCCUGAAGCAGGAUGUACCCAGAUCUUCACAAGAUACAGUGAGAUGCAAAACCAUUGCUUAAUCGGCAAUCACACUUACCAGCUCCAAGCAAGGUCAUCUUAUGAUGAUAUAAAAAUGAGAUGGAUGGAUGCAUGUUGUACACUAUCAGAAGAUACUCUGAAAUAUUCUAAAACCGGAGAAGGGGUCACUGAGCAAGUGUGUGUGCAGUCUGAUAUGGGUUGGGCUUUGAAAAAAGAAAGAAAAAGUGCUAGAUUCUCAGAUGACUUGAAAUCAUAUCUUAGUGAUAUAUUCUUGCAAGGAGAGAAUAUCAGUGAUGAUGAUUUGGAUGCAGUUCUUUUGAACAUUGCUAAGGCCGAAACAGCUGCAGAAUUUCAGUAG